CCUCCGCACAGGUGGUCGCGCGGGUCUCCGCCACGAUGUUGCCCAAAGUUCUCCUGGUGCUCGUGAACACACUCCUGAUCCUCCAGUCGAGGGUCGAGGGACCUCAGGCUGCAUUGGAGAAUAAAACCUUCACCCACGUUGAUAUCAUCUAUGGCCCCCAGCCUCAGCCUCAGCCUCAGCCUCACCCUUACCCUCAGCCUCUUGGGAGGAAGCUCCUCUCUGAAGAAACAAAGCCCAUUGCUGCUGGGACUGGCAAACUCCCGGAAGCCACUCGCAUCCUGAACACUAUCCUGAGUAACUAUGACCACAAGCUGCGCCCUGGCAUUGGCAAGAAGCCCACUGUGGUCACUGUUGAGAUCUCUGUCAACAGUCUUGGUCCUCUCUCUAUCUUGGACAUGGAAUACACAAUUGACAUAAUCUUCUAUCAGACCUGGUAUGACGAGCGCCUCCGUUACAAUGACACCUUUGAGACUCUUGUUCUGAAUGGAAAUGUGGUGAGCCAGUUGUGGAUUCCAGACACCAUUUUUAGGAAUUCUAAGAGGACCCAAGAGCAUGAGAUCACCAUGCCCAACCAGAUGGUUCGCAUCCACAAGGAUGGCAAGGUGUUGUACACAAUUAGGAUGACCAUUGAUGCUGGAUGUUCUCUUCACAUGCUCAGAUUCCCAAUGGAUUCUCACUCUUGCCCUCUGUCUUUCUCUAGCUUUUCCUAUCCUGAGAAUGAGAUGAUAUACAAGUGGGAAGAUUUCAAGCUUGAAAUCAAUGAGAAGAACUCUUGGAAGCUCUUUCAGUUUGAUUUUACAGGAGUGAGCAAUAAAACUGAAAUUAUCUCAACCCCUGCUGGUGACUUCAUGGUCAUGACAUUUUUCUUCAAUGUGAGCAGGCGGUUUGGCUAUGUUGCCUUUCAAAACUAUGUCCCUUCUUCUGUGACCACGAUGCUCUCCUGGGUUUCCUUUUGGAUCAAGAAGGAGUCUGCUCCAGCCCGAACUUCUUUAGGGAUCACCUCUGUACUCACCAUGACCACAUUGGGCACCUUUUCUCGUAAGAAUUUUCCACGUGUUUCCUAUAUCACAGCUUUGGAUUUCUAUAUCGCCAUCUGCUUUGUCUUCUGCUUCUGUGCUCUGUUGGAGUUUGCUGUACUCAACUUCCUGACCUACAACCAGAUGAAAGCCCAUGCUUCUCCUAAGCUCCGCUAUCCUCGUUUUGCUAGCAAUACCCAAGCUCGUACCCGUGCCCGUGCCCGUGCUCGUGCCCGUGCUCGUGCCCGUGCCCGCCAGCAUCAGGAAGUUUUUGUGUGUGAGAUUGUCACCUCUGAGGCAAGUGAUGGAGAGGAGCGCCCAUCUUGCUCGAUCCGACGAUCCCCCAGCCCAGAUAUCCCGCAGGGCCCCCGCAGCUUCUGCUCCAAGCUGGCUUGCAACAAGUGCUACAAGGGUUUCAGGAAGUACUUCUGCAUGAUCCCUGAUUGUGAGGGCAGCACCUGGCAGCGAGGUCGCCUCCGCUUCCACAUCUACCGCCUGGACAACUACUCACGGGUUGUUUUCCCUGUGACCUUUUUCUUCUUCAAUGCGCUCUAUUGGCUUGUUUGCCUUAACUUGUAGGUGCCAGAUGAUGCCCUAUGAGAGAGCCUCCCCAGUUCCCCAGGGAGGUCCAAGUUCUUUGCCAAGAGAGUUGGGGGACAGCAGCAGCAGCAGCAGGAGCAGCUAGAGAGUGUCCUUCAAUCCCAAAUCCUCAAGUACAAGCCUGCCAAGAGUUUGUUUUAGUUGGCUCUUUCCCGCCACCUUGUCCAUUCCCUCAGCCUCAGAAGUUUGUUUCAAAUAACAAGGCACAAGUCCCACUUCUGUAUUCUUCAAAGGGCAGUCACAAUGCUCAGUCUUAACAAUCAUAAGCUCUCAGUGAUCAGUUCCCUAAAACUCUGACCAUGUACCAGCAGAUUAGCUCUCUUCCAACAGUGUUGACAAGCACUGCCUUUUUCCAGAAACCCAUUAUUGCCUAUGUGGUACUCCAGGCCCAGCUCUGUCCUUAGCUUUGAAGUGCACAGACCAGUUGCUUGCCUGUUCCUGAUACCUUAAGAUGCUGGGAAACAGUGUAAUGGGAAAGGAGACUCUCAUCCUUAAAUCAUAGUAUGGUAGUCUUAGUUCUAUCUCCCUCCCCUUCCUCCCUGAGCAGAGAGAUACUGGCAUUAACCUUUUAGGAGGAGGAGAGCCAGCUAAGUGAACGUGUUUGGGACAGUGUCCCUCCAUCUGCUGCUGUGACACCUCACUUUCCCCCGCUCCCGCCUCCAUCUGCACUCCCAAUUCAAUGCCCCUACAUCCAGUGGGUAUCUAUUUUUGUGUGUGAUAAUAGUAAUGACCCUCUGCUUUAUAUGCCACCUUCUUUCUCCUUCUUGACCUUUGUGACUUUUUUCAGUAACUUCCUCAGUGACUAUCCCAACCCUGAUCCAGGUGCUAGGCCUUGGAGACUUCCUGGGGCAAGAAACUAAGGAAAUCGUCCUUUGCAGCAGGUAUCACCUGCCACUGAUUGGUGCCCAACUAAGGCACAGCAUGGGAGUUUGACAGCUUUCUUAGUCCCUGGGCCCAUGAGCCAGUCCACUUUUAUCCCUGGGGCACUCUCACAAUCACCAUCAAUCAAUUGAAUUCCCUUAAAUUUAUAUUGAACUUUACCUUUGGCGAAGUAUUUUUGAAAAAUUAUAUUUGGAGCCUCAUCAUAGCCCUGCAACAUCUUCAGGGCAGGAUUCUUAUCGCCAUUGUGCAGGUGGGAACCCUGCAGCACAGAUUUCUGUGGGUCUAUGGAUCUCCCUGGAAGCUAUACAAGAGCCCACUGUCAACUUCUAAAUCACAUGACAGGACUAGGCGAUUCUGUUCACCAUGACUUGAUUCCAUUGCCUCUGAUGGCAUCCCAGUGGUGGUGCCCAGAGUGGCAGGCUCUGUUCAGCAAUAGCCUGCUCAAUUCCUGGGCCUGGAGCUUUCAUACUGCUCCCCACCCCCAAUCAAACCUCUCCUGGCUCUGGUCCCCCAGUGAGAUGAAUUUGGAAAUGCCCCGAUGCUUGUAUAUGCUGAAUGAAAUCUGUGUCUGUACUUUAUA